UCGCGCCCUCUAGACCAUCAAGCAAGAAGCGAGUGUCAAAUGUGAUAAUGAUGAAAGGUGUAGUAUGGAUGUGUGCGUCCGUCAAUCUUUCGUACCUACGUCUUUCCGUGAGGCGGCUGAAGCAGGAAAUCUCCGAGCCGUGCUGCUGAGAGGAAAGGAUGGCAGGUGGUGCCGCGGUGAACACUGCCAACACGUGCAGGAGGAAAGAAAGGAUGGCAGGUGGUGCCGCGGUGAACACUCCCAACACAUGCAGGAGGAAAGCCACGGGCCACUAACAAAAACAAAAAGAAAAUGUGGACCCUUUCAAUUUUGUUUUAAUACAACUAAUCAACACUGCAGUUCGGUGGCCAGUGGCCACAGGCACGGUGGUCCACAGCACUUGACGACUCGUGUAGCCGCGUGGAAGCUGACAGAAAUGAACAGGAUGGCUCGUCACCUUGACGCGUAUAGUACGAGAAAGGAUGGCAGGUGGUGCCGCGGUGAACACUGCCAACACGUGCAGGAGGAAAGAAAGGAUGGGAAGUGGUGCCGCAGUGAACACUCCCAACACAUGCAGGAGGAAAGAAUGGAUGGCAGGUGGUGUCGUGGUGAACACUGCCAACACGUGCAGGAGGAAAGAAAGGAUGGCAGGUGGUGCCGCGGUGAACACUGCCAACACGUGCAGGAGUAAA